AUGCUAAUGAAGUACUCAAAGCAUGUGAUGAGACAGGGCUCUCGUCUAUUGGAGCUCUUAUCAGAAGCGCUAGGACUCCACCCAAAUCACUUGAAGGAGAUGGAGUGUGGAAAAGGACACGCGAUCGUGUGCCACUACUAUCCACCAUGCCCCCAGCCCGAGUUGACCCUGAGUGUGACAAAGCAUUCAGACGACUUCCUCACAAUUCGCCUCCAAGAUCAAAUUGGAGGACUUAAAGUGCUUCAUGAGAACCAGUGGAUCGACGUUCCUCCAAUUCCUGGAGCACUAGUGAUCAACAUCGGAGAUCUUUUGCAGAAUCUCUACAUCCGACCGGACAAGACAUCCGAAGGCAGCUCCGAAUCGAGCGGCGGAUCCGAGAAUCUUAGCUUCCCGAUCAUCGACCUCGGCGGGAUCGACCGCGACCCGGCCAAGAGGAAGGAGGCGAUCGAGAGGAUGCGACGCGCGUCGGAGACGCUGGGGUCCUUCCAGGUGGUGGCGAAUCAGGGAGUUCCGGCGGCCGUGAUGGAGGAGAUAGAAGGAGGUUUUUCACACGCGCGACAAAACAAGGAACAACUUCUUUCCUUUUGA